UACCUGCGCAUCAUUUUCUGCCUCUGCGCUACUUUAUCGUGAUUGGAGAGAUGGGAUUUGACUGGCUCUGGUAUCGCCCUGUUGUUGGGUAGCCAUGUGCUGCGUUUGUCCCGUUCAGCCGGUUUUAUGCCUGCAGAUCUGAGUGCGACACCGGGCGUCUCUAGAAGAGCUGAGUUUAGUAGGAUGCUGCGGCAUAUAGCACAUCCCAGCUUUAGGUAAUAGGAUGACGACGUCGCAAACUCUUGCAGAGAAUUAAUGAUCACUCGGCAAAAGUCAUUUACAGUGCGUUUAAGGAUGCAUAUAAACAUUUGGCAGUCCUGCAUUUAAAAAUAAAAUGUUUCGGUUGCUGUUUUUUGAUAUUGAGAGAAAUCAACGUUCAUGUGUCUCUUACUACACCUCGUGCAUGAAUUUCCAGCUUGCGAGAAAACAGUUCUAGGAUUUCGCUGGAUGUGGGAUACGUAAGGACUUAAAAGUAAGUUAUUCCACGUUUCCCCCUCAUCCUCUGAAUAUGUUCAAGGCCCUGGCAGGAAUUUGUUUGCUCCAUCUGACUACAAUUUUCUUCCUUUUCUGGGCAACUAUAGAUGAUGCAUGGUGGUUCACAGAGAACCUUUACACAGACUUGUGGGGCAGAUGGGUGAUGGAGAACAAUGAUAAUGUCUGGGUGUACAUGGACAUACCGACCUCAUACCGGAAGGACUAUCUGCAGGCGGUCCAGGCGUUUGCAGUGCUGUCAUGCCUGUUUGCUGUGUUUUCUCUGUGCGUGUUCAUAUUCCAACUCUUUACUCUGGGUAAAGGAAAGCGGUUCACCAUCUCUGGAGUUGUGCAGCUAAUCUCCUGUUUCUGCAUCAUGGUGGCUCUGUCAGUCUAUACCGAUCACUUUCACAGAGACGAGAAGAAUGGCUGGUAUGGCUGGUCCUACAUCAUGGCCUGGUUUGGGUGGCUGCUGACCCUCUUCACUGGAAUUAUGUACAUCAUCCUGCGCAAACGAGUGGAUUAAACUUUAGACCUCGCUCUCAGUGCUAAUGUACAGCCUUCAUUAUUUUUCCUUAAAGUCUAAGUACAGAACUUGAAAAAUAAUGAGUUGUCUGAAAUAUUACAGGCGUUGGUUGGAAUUGUAGAAACUUGUGCAACAAAUCACAGCAUUAGCAGUUCAUGGAAAGAGUUUAAAAUCUGUCAGUGAGAAAGGGUUGAUUCAGCAUUCGAGGAAAAUUGGCCAGAGAAGUUCCUUAAACAAGAAAUGUUGUUUUUGUUUUUGCAUUUUUGUUUAGAGUUAUACUAUAGAUCGGUUUGAUGGGUCAUCUCUUUCCCUAGUUUCGCAAAGCACUGAGGGCAGUAAGAGGGUCUAAACACUUUAUUGCAGGGGUUAGUGUGUAAAGAUGGUGAAGAUGCAGUAUACACAAGGAUAUGUAAAAAAUGUAUUUAUAACAUGUAUAAAGAGAAAGAUAAAUUGUACAUAUAAAGUACAUACAAAAAAUAUAUAUGUUAUGAUCAAAGUGUAGUUUUGAACAUCACUUGCACUUUAAGAAUUAGCUUCGUCUUAAACAUGGGUUUAUUUUUAUUUUAUUUUUAUGUUGUAGAUAGCAAUGGCACAGGAUAGUCUCUAGGUCAAGAUAAGGGUCAAAUCUUUGUUAC